AUGUCCGAGCGCCGGGCGGGCGCCAAGGGCCGGCGCUUGGGCUCCAGCCGGCGCAAGCAGCUGCAGGAGGGCCCCGCUGAGGAGCCCCCGUGGGCAUCUGAAAUCGUGCACAGGGUGCAGCACCUGCUCGGCGCCGGGGACGCAGAGCAGGCGGCCGUCGUCACCCGCUCGGACAUGCAGAAGCUGCAGGAGGAAGGUUUGCCGUGCAGCAGGGAGGAGCUGGAGCUUGUGUUCGAUGGGCUGGAUGCCGCUGGCACCGGGCGCUUGGGCGCAGAGGAGUUCACGGCCGGGCUCCGGCAGUUCCUGAGCUCCCAAAAAGCUGCCAGGGAGCACCGGCGGAGGAAGACGGCGUCGCGGAGGGUGCGGCUGGUGCUCCCUGCCCCGGCGCUGGAAGUGGGGGACAGCGAGGAGCGCAGACACUUCGCUGCCUUUAUGGAGCAGCUGGGCACAGACAACCUCUCUGAAGAACAGGAGAUCUGGCAGCUCUGGGUGAAGCUCCGGCAGGAUGAGCCCCAGCUGCUGGACAACCUGGAGGACUUCCUGGCCAAGAUGAGGCAGCGCAUCCAAGAAGCCAGGAGCAAGAAGGAGGCUUUGGAGCAGACUCUGAACAAGCGUGUGGCUGAGCACGACAGGGACGUGCAGCAGCUCUGCGAGGUCCUGGAGCAGCAGAUCCAGCAGGAGCGGCUGCGGCUGCAGCAGCAGAGCACGGCCCGGAGCCGCCAGCAGGACGAGGAGCUGCAGCGAGUGCUGGAUGCCAGCGAGAGGGAGGUGCAGCGCUUGGUCACGGCGCAGAUGGAGCUGGAGCGGCGCUGCCGCAGCCUCCACAGCUCCCAGCAAGCCACCAGCACGGAGAACCAGCAGCUGGAGCAGAGCAACCGGGCACUGCAGCAGCACCUGCAGCACCUGCACCAGCAGCUGCAGCACACCCAGGGCCACCUGAGGACAAUGAGGGCUACCGUGGCUUGGGAGCACAUGGGGGAGCCGGGGGACAGAGUGGUGGCAGAGUUACCCAUCGAGGUGCCAAUGUCCCCACAGCUGAGUCCUGGGAAGAGCGAGAAGUUCCGCUCCGAGAUGCGGAUCAGGCUGGGAUCCCAGAGCAGCGAGAGCAAAGCCAAGAGCACCCACCAAGUGGUUUGGGAAAUGCUGCCAGCAGAAAUAAACCUUUCAGAAGCCCCACAGAAAGCAAGCUCUGCAGAAGAGGAUCCCUCCCCAGAACCUUUGAAAGAGGAAGGUGUCCAUUUCCAAAGCUCUUUGCUAAGAGAGAUGAAUGAUGCAAUAGCAGCUCUGAGCAAACAUCUGAAGGCACAGGCACUGGGUGCACCCCUGGCAGACACUCCCUGUCACCCCUGGGACAAUGCUGAGCCCCAAACAGGGCCAGAGGCAGCAACAGCCCAUGAAACCACCCCUGGGGUCCUGCAGGAGACCCUCCCUGGCCACACCCAUCAUGAGCUGCUGGAAGGAGACCUGCAAGAGGAGCCAGCCUCAGCUGAGCUUCGUGCUGCGGAUGUGACACAGGCUGAUGUGUGGCGGCUUUGUGCUCCGGGACAGGCAGCCCAAAGGGAGCUUCAGGAGCAGGUUUCAGCACAGGGACAUGAGGGGAGGCUUCACACAGUGGCCCAACAGCCAGAGGGGGAGACAACACCUGCGAUGGAACCGGAGCACAUGGCUGCUGGACCUGCUGAGCAUCUGAAGCAGGAGGUGCCACCAGCAUCAGCCCUGCACACAGCAAUGCAACCAGGAGAUGCUGGGAGUGAUCAGCUGGGGGUGAUCCUCAGAGAAAACUCACUGGGGCAAGGGCAGCUCUUGGGAGAACAGAGCAAAGACCUCAGUGUUGGUCAACGAGAGAAGAUGCAAGAGUUUGGUCAGACAAUGAGCCAGGAAGGUGAGCCCAGCUCAGGAGAGCCAGGGGCUGUGACUGCAGGUGGGGCAGGAGCUGCCCCAAGGGGCUGUCCUACAGCUGCCCUGGACCCAGACCACCUCUACAACGUGCUGUUCAUUGGGGACUCCCACGUGGGCAAAACGUCGUUCCUGUACCGUCUGCACGCCGACACCUUCAACCCCCACCUCACGGCCACAGUGGGACUGGAUUACCAGAUCAAAACCCUGGUUGUGGAUAAUGAGCGCUUUGCUCUCCGCCUGUGGGACUCAGCUGGUCAGGAAAGGUACCGCAGCGUGACCAAGCAGUUCUUCCGCAGGGCGGACGGGGUGGUGCUGAUGUACGACAUCACCUCCGAGCUCUCCUUCUCCGACGUGCGCUUCUGGCUCAGCUGCAUCCAGGAAGGAGCAGAGGAUGGAGUUGCUGUGCUGCUUCUUGGGAACAAAACCGACUGUGCUGCCCAGAGGCAGGUCCCUACAAAGGAGGGUGAAUGCCUGGCCAAGGAGCACCAGCUCAUGUUUUACGAGUGCAGCGCUGCCUCGGGCCACAACGUCUUCGAGUCCAUGGCCAGCUUCACCAGGUUGCUCAAAGUUCGUGAAGAUGAAUUGAAAAAUAAGGCAGAAGAGGUACCAAAGGCACCCCAGAAGAAAAAGGGCUGCUGCUGGUGAUGGACAGACACCCCACACACUGAUCUGAAACUGCACCAACAGCCAGAAAAGCAUAA